AUGGAAAAAGAGUUGGACCCAACGGUGAUAAAAGCUACUCAAAGCUCUCUAGGAAAAUAUGUGAAACGACCGCCACUAAGCGAAAAAUUAUUAAAAAAGCCUCCAUUUCGUUUUUUGCAUGAUAUUGUGACAUGUGUUUUGAAGACUACAGGAUUCUUUGCCGGUUUAUUUGAAGAAGAAGAGUUGAUAUCAGAUAACGUAAAAGAUAGAGAAAGCAAAAUAUUAUUUUUAAACAAAGUUAUUGCCGUAGUGGGCCAAGAACCAGAAAAAACUAACGAAUUACUUCAAUACUUGGCACAAGCAUUAGAUAAAAAAUUAUCUUCUACAGAUGCAGUACAAAAGUACAAAGAAAGUAUUAAUUUAUCAAUUAAAACAGAUGAUACAAAAUCUAAACAAUUGGCAAAACCGGCGAAAAAAAUCAACGAAACAAAUAAAUUAACUUCAAAGAGUAACGAAAAAUUGACAUCUAAAAAAGUGCCUAAUGUACGAAUUUCUAAAAAAAACGAAACCGAUAAACCAAAUACUAAUAAAUCAAAAUCCAGAGACAAAAGUAUCAAUAUUACAGAAUCCCCACCCAAAAAAGUUGCUGAAAAGUUUAUUUCUAAGAAACCAUCAGUUGAGAAAAAGGCACACGAAAGUAAGGACAGUAGUGGAGAAUUAAUCGAUAUUUCUGAAAAUAAAAAGGUCAAUCAUCCAAAUGAAGACGAGACCAUUACCAAAAUACCUAAAGAUCAUGAAUUAGAAAGAAACUCAAUAACAAAUGUAGAUCCCAUAAUUUUGACAGAAUCAAGAGAACAAAAUCCUAAUUCUUCGUAUACGGUAGCAGAUAACUUAAAUUCGUCCACAUCAUCACAAGAUUUCAUGGAAAAGGAAAGUGAAAAGAAUGAUGGAGAUUUAGGAAAUAUUAAUAGUUAUAACAUAAAUGCAGAUGAACUGAGUCUUGAUUACAACGAUUUAAAAAUAAAAGAAAAUGUCACUAGCUUAGAUGUCACUAGCGAUCCCUUGAUAUCUGGCAAUAUGCAGAAAAAUGACGAUAUCGUAGUAAAAGAUACUGUAACUGAGAUUAAAACAGGUACCAAAGAUGAAGAUGUAAUAAAACAUGGAUCGACCGAAGAAAUAAUACCAACUAAUCAAAAAAAUAACGUUAGACCUAUAAGCGUCAGACCAUCUUCUUCUAGGCCUGGUGCACCACGACUAAGAGACAAGUUUGACAAUAUUCCCUCUGAAAUAGAAAAUACUCUUGUUGGCAAAGUGAACAUAAUCGUAGAAAACGUAGCAAAUGAAGACGAAGAAGAUACAAGUAUAAUGAUUGUGGACCAGGAAGUAAAUUCGCUUCAAAUAGCACAAGAAGACCAAGAACAAUUACAAACAUCACUGAAUCAACAUGGUCAUUUGGUACAACAAAUACUUGAUUCGCAAAAACAGUAUUCACAGUUAUCAGGAAAAACGGAAAUAGAAUGGGAAUUUGGAGCACAGAAAGCGAGAGAUACUUUACACAAAGAAGUCGAGCAAUUCAGGUUUAAUAUUCAAGCUCUAUCUCGAAUUGCAAAUCCAUUAGGCAAGCUCCUGGAUCACAUCCAAGAGGACGUUGAAGUGAUGCGACAGGAACUUCAACAGUGGACAAAAACAUAUGAGGAAGCUUCUAAAGAACUUUCAAAACAAAAAGCAGCCAAUGAGGAAUCACUGUUUCCUUUAACUACAAAAGCGAAGCAGCUUAAUGCGGAUAUACUGGAGAAACAUGACAAAAUUAAUGAUCUUAAAGUAGUCAUACACAAAAACUCUAAUCGAAUCGAAAAGUUACUCGCAAAUGGGAAUGUGCAAUAGUAAUUUAUGUAAGUAGACAUGUUAAAUGAGUUUUAAUUUUAUUGUACAUGUGUAAAAAAUAAAUAUGUAUCAACAAAUUGACUUGAUUCCUUAUUUAUGAGUUUUAUUAUCUAAAAUACCGAUCCGAUCCGAAUACCGAUCAAUAAAUAAA